AGUAUUUGCUUUAUCAUUUUAUAGAGGCGCACAACCACGAUUUUGUGCAUGAAGAAGAUUUACAUCUUCUCAAGGAAAACAGGGGUAUUAAUCGUGCACACGAAGAGAUGAUAAACAAGAUGUCACAUCUCAACAUCGGGCCUGUUCGUGCAUUUAACAUUAUGAAGGAAGUGUAUGGUGGGUUCGACAAAGUCGGUGCUACCAAAGUCGAUUUUAAAAAUUUCAAGAAGGAGUUAAAUCUUUUUAUCGGAGAGUUUGAUGCGGAAAUGUUUGUCAAGCGUUUGAUGAGAAAAAAGGAGUUUUUACCGAACUUCUCUUGUGAAUAUGAAACCACAGACGAAGGUGUGUUGAAGUGCAUUUUUUGGGCCGACGAGGAUAUGAAGAGAAAUUAUUAUAUGUUUGGGGACGUUAUAUCAUUUGAUGCUACAUACAAGCGUAACAAGUAUAACAUGAUGUUUGUCCCUUUUACUGGGAUUGAUAAUCAUAAUAGGAACGUGACACUUGGUGCUGCAAUUCUCGGUUCGGAAACGGCAGAGACGUAUAGCUGGUUACUUAGGGCGAUCAAGAACGCAUACGGGUACGCGCCUCCUGUAAUCGUUACUGACCAAGACCCUGCGAUGAAAAGGGCUAUAGCUGAUGUUUGGCCUGAGUCGAGGCAUCGGUUAUGUAUGUGGCAUAUCAUGGAUAAACUCACUACAAAGGUUGGGGCUGCCUUAUGUUCAAAUACAGAUUUCAGGAAAAGAUUGUCUGCAGUUGUUUGGACUGAUUCUCUAUUGCCCGAAGCUUUUGAGGCUGAAUGGGCCGCUAUUAUUCAUGAUUUGGGUUAA